GCAAUCUGGGGCUUUGGUCAUUUUCAAGUUCCCAACACGAAGAGGCUGAUUUGUACUGAAGCAAAACAGCCUUGGAUAAGCACCUGAGGCUGCGCGUCCGGGGCUGGGGGAAACCCGUGCGGUGGAGACCCGAAAGGCGAAGGGAUGGGGCCCGAACCAGCCAGGAGUGUCGCGUCCCCUUUAAGAGCGGCGGCGGCGGCGGCGGCGGCGGCGCGCGCUCCGACGGCUUCCCUGGGGCCCCGCCCCUUUCCCGUGAGCCCUCGGGGAGUGGUCCGACCGCGGGCGGCUGCGGUGGGCGUCUUUAGCUGGGCCGGGGCUUCGGACGGCGCCGGCGGAGCAACGAGAGCCAUGGACGAGGAGAUCGUGUCCGAGAAGCAAGCGGAGGAGAGCCACCGGCAGGACAGCGCCAACCUGCUCAUCUUCAUCCUGCUGCUCACGCUCACCAUUCUCACGAUCUGGCUCUUCAAGCACCGCCGGGCCCGCUUCCUGCACGAAACCGGCCUGGCUAUGAUUUAUGGUCUUUUGGUGGGCCUUGUGCUUCGAUAUGGCAUUCAUGUCCCAAGUGAUGUAAAUAAUGUGACCCUGAGCUGUGAAGUGCAGUCAAGCCCAACUACCUUAUUGGUAAAUGUUAGUGGAAAAUUUUAUGAAUAUACACUUAAAGGAGAGAUUAGUUCACAUGAACUCAAUAACGUACAAGAUAAUGAAAUGCUUAGAAAGGUUACCUUUGAUCCAGAAGUAUUUUUCAACAUAUUGCUUCCUCCUAUCAUAUUUUAUGCAGGAUACAGUCUGAAAAGAAGGCAUUUCUUCCGAAACCUCGGGUCUAUCCUAGCAUACGCUUUUCUUGGAACAGCGAUUUCUUGUUUUGUAAUUGGGUCAAUAAUGUAUGGCUGUGUCACGCUGAUGAAAGUAACCGGACAGCUUGCGGGAGAUUUUUACUUUACAGACUGUCUGCUGUUUGGUGCCAUUGUGUCAGCAACUGACCCAGUGACUGUCCUUGCCAUAUUCCACGAGCUUCAAGUGGAUGUUGAACUCUAUGCACUUCUUUUUGGGGAGAGUGUCCUCAAUGAUGCUGUUGCCAUAGUGCUGUCUUCCUCAAUAGUGGCAUACCAGCCAGCCGGAGACAACAGCCACACCUUUGAUGUCACAGCCAUGUUCAAGUCUAUCGGGAUCUUCCUUGGGAUCUUCAGUGGAUCUUUCGCAAUGGGUGCCGCUACUGGCGUGGUGACAGCUUUAGUGACAAAGUUCACCAAGUUACGGGAGUUCCAGUUGUUGGAGACAGGCUUGUUCUUCCUGAUGUCCUGGAGUACUUUCCUCUUGGCUGAGGCGUGGGGUUUCACAGGUGUGGUCGCAGUGUUGUUUUGCGGCAUCACACAGGCCCAUUAUACCUACAACAACCUGUCCACAGAGUCUCAGCAUAGAACUAAACAGUUGUUUGAGCUUCUCAAUUUCUUGGCAGAGAAUUUCAUCUUCUCCUACAUGGGACUGACACUGUUCACCUUCCAGAACCAUGUCUUUAAUCCAACUUUCGUAGUCGGCGCAUUUAUUGCUAUUUUCUUGGGAAGAGCUGCUAAUAUUUACCCCUUGUCCCUCUUACUCAAUUUGGGUAGAAGAAGUAAAAUUGGAUCCAAUUUUCAGCACAUGAUGAUGUUUGCUGGCCUCCGCGGCGCAAUGGCAUUUGCUUUGGCCAUUCGAGACACUGCCACAUACGCCCGGCAAAUGAUGUUCAGCACCACCCUUCUGAUUGUGUUUUUUACCGUGUGGGUAUUCGGCGGCGGCACCACGGCCAUGCUGUCGUGCUUGCAUAUAAGGGUUGGUGUCGAUUCCGACCAAGAACAUUUGGGUAUUCCGGAAAAUGAAAGAAGAACCACCAAAGCAGAGAGUGCCUGGCUUUUCCGGAUAUGGUACAACUUUGAUCAUAACUACCUGAAGCCUCUGCUGACGCACAGCGGGCCCCCCCUCACCACCACACUCCCUGCCUGCUGCGGGCCCAUCGCGAGGUGCCUGACCAGCCCCCAAGCCUAUGAGAACCAGGAGCAGCUGAAAGACGAUGACUCCGAUCUUAUUCUCAACGAUGGUGAUAUUAGUUUGACGUAUGGGGAUUCGACUGUGAACACCGAAUCAGGAGCAUCCGGUGCCCCUAGGAGGUUUAUGGGAAAUAGUUCUGAAGAUGCCUUGGACCGGGAGCUCUCAUUUGGGGACCACGAACUGGUCAUUCGGGGAACACGCUUGGUUCUUCCCAUGGAUGAUUCUGAACCCCCACUAAAUCUGUUAGAUAAUACGAGACACAGUCCGGCCUAAGCUUACUAAUACUCACUUAGUGAUUUGUAAAAUUUGCACAUGUGAUUGUGAAGAAAUUUGUACUACCUAAAAAGUCCCCGUGCAUGUCUCUGAAUGUUUAAGCUAUAUAAAUGCUCCUUCUAGAGCAUCGAGAGAAUAUAAAUAUCCUGUACAAGGCAGAUUGUGAACAAACUCUUCUUUUAUGUUUCAUUGGCUGCACUAUGUAGAUUGGAUCCGUUUUAGAAAAAAGUUAUUUUCACAGUGAUGUUGUGUGUUCCGUUAGCUUUAUGUCUCAGUUAAAGUAUAAAAAGUGACAGAUGUACUCUUUCUUACACUUGCCCGAUACUUAACCAGAGUACCAAGUUCUUGUGUAGUGCAUUAAUUUUGUUUUGUGGGAGAGGAAAGGGAGUGUUAUUUCUGGGGAAGCCCAGGGAGGAGAGGUUCCUUUGUUGGGAAACAAGCACGUGUUCAUUGCUCCCGCCUUGGUCGUGACCUUUCUCUUUCCUUUUUCUCCGGUGGCCUGUUGUGGCAUCAGAAGCUGACGGUGUUCAGAUCUUGCCCCGUUGGUCUUGGGAGUGAAGUGGGGGACGGGGAGGCCCUCCCCUCCCUCCGCUGUGAAAGAACAGAUUCACUGACACUGGUGUUUGGAAAAGAAGGGCUACAGAUGCCAUCCAAGACUUCAUUACUUUUCUCCCAGACCCAGACCAUGGAUAGGAGUUGUGUCGUCCGGCCUGCUGAGCCGAAAGUACAGGUGUACAUGGUCCGGGGCACAGGUUCCCAUCGGCAGGGGCCGCAGCAGAGCGCAGGAGAGGAGAAGGGAGAGAGGGUCGGUGUUUCGGAGACCUCUCUUCCUGAAUGUGUAAAUAUUCAAUACCAGAUUAAGUUUAAAUAAGAAACUCAGUUGCUGCUUACUUUUUGAUCAUGAACUUUAUCUGUAUAGCAAGCGUUGUGGUCACGUGGUUUUAUAUCAGUUUAAAUCGCUGCUCUUUAGCAGCCAAACAGGAGCAAAAUGUAAAAUUUUUGAACUUACUGUGUCUAAUUGUCCUUCGUUAGUCUGUAGUUGAUGUUAAAAGUUAAUUUAUGACUCCACGAUCGUCCCCACACUACAUCAAAGUCCGUCGUGAAGCGCCGCGCUGGCCUGGAGAGCUGAGCAUCAGGACAGCGGCUGCUUUACGUGCACCGGCUGUAGUUAUCUUUGUUUUCAUGUUACUUUUUAAUAUGGAAUGUCCAAGCUGCCGUGUGUGGGAGUGUGUGUGGUGCGCGGGUGUGUGUGGGUGUGGGGUUUUUUGUUUUGUUUUUUUAUAGUUUUCAAGGAAGAGUACGUAGCAACCUCCCAUUUCCUAUCAAGAGAAUGAAAGUCGAUUCUAUUUUGUAAUGCCAGAAACACCCACAGGUGCGUCGAAUGCCUAGAAGGGGGUUACCCUCUGAUGUUGAUCCUGACCUGUUAAUGUUUCAGAAGAAAAAUAGGAAUUUUGUGGGUCUUUCCCCCUUCAGGUCUGAGUAGCAUUGCCUUAAAUUUUACCCAAUUUACAAAAUUGAUUUGUUUACCUGAUGUUAAAAUUGUUCAACCAAAAAAAAUAUCUUUCCAAACAAAAUAUGUACUCAUUCUCCCUGAGGUAUCUGUACUGUUGCAAACACUCCUGGAGAUGUUAAGGGAAUUGUCCUGUCGUGCCCUUGAGUGGCAGCUCUAACUGUUGGCAUGGCCAUUUGUUACGUAGUGGUAGCGACUUUCCUGCUAUGCAGGAACCCCGUGAAGUGUGCGUUUUAUAUGAUGUGUGCCUCUUUGUGCAGUCUCUAAUUUCUCGUUAACGUGUGUUUGAGAGGCUUUGAACUUCAGCGUCACUUACCCACCAAGUUAUUCGAGUUGUAAAAGGUUAUACGAAAAAAUUAACAACGACCUUUUUUAUUCUGUCAGUUUACUGAGCUCACUUUAUGAAAAUGGCUGUAAAUACUUAGCAUGACAAAUUCAGUAACUCGUCUCUUUCAGCAUGCGUCACACCUUUUCUUAGGGAAACCGAUACAGCUUGAGUCACCUGAAUCUGCCUUCGUACCGUAUCAGGGGGGGACCAGGCCUUCUGUGCUUAUGUCAGCAUCUGGAAGAUUCUCCUCUCCUCUAAUCUGUGUGCACAUCUCCAAGCAAAGAAGAAAACACAAACUGUGCUCUCAUACCCAUUGGUUUUAGACACCCGAGUGAACUUGAAUGAAGGACAGUCUGAGUUACCAUCACACACAAGUAGAGCUGCUCUCGGACUUGCCGUUCUGUUCUUUGUGAGCCCUACACGUUUGAAUGACUCCAACAUUGCAUCUUUUCAAGUUAUUUUGUAAGGUUCCUUGGCAUUUAUCCUCAUCUGUGUUUGGCAAUGUGCUGUUAAAGAAAUAGACUUAAUCUGUAUGUAUUUUUUGUUUUCCCUUGGAGUACUUGGACAGAUGUUAUCGUGGUUUCUUUUAGGAAAAUCUGUCAUUAAAAAAAAUUAUAGCCUUGCAAAUAA